UUUUGCACUCUCAUAUAUUUGGACAAUAGCAUAUUAUUUUCACAAUAAUAAAGAUCAAAAAGCAUCAAGUGUAUCUUUUCCCUUUAUACUAUACUCUCAUCCUCCAUUCUUUUUCAUUCUUUGAUUCCAUCAAAACUUUUCUUUUUCAUUCCUUCAAAGCUCUAACAUUAAUGGAAUAAUGUGAAUUAACUAGAGAUGCUUUACCCUAAUCCCUUCUCUCUCUUUUGUGCUAUCAUUCUCUGUUUUCCUCUGGCUCUUGUUCUCACCAUUACUUCUCAUACUUCCACCGUUAUCAUCCCUUCCAUCACUCACAACCGUGUCAUUUUAGCAACCAUUCUCCCUCCUCCACCACCACCAUCUCCGCCACCUCCGCCGCCGCCAUUCCCGCCACCUCCUCCUAAAACUUUUUCUAAACCCCAACCAAAAUUAUUUCAAUCCAAUAAUAGCAACCAAAAUACCAAUGAAACAACUUCUAACAAUGAUUUAUUUCCUAAAAUAUCAUCGUCACCACCACCACCUCUACCACCAUUACCUUCUGAUUAUUCAGAAGAUAUAGAGUUGCUCAAACGAGCUUCUCGGGUUAAUCCUAACCCCAGAAAAGGCCACCCGAAAAAGGUGGCGUUUCUAUUUUUAACUACUACUCCACUCCCAUUUGCAUCACUUUGGGAGCUCUUUUUUAAACAAAGUGGUAAAAAAGCUAAUCAACAAUACAAUGUGUAUAUACACGCAGACCCUAAAGCCAGAUACAACCAUCCAUUUACAGGUGUGUUUUCUAAGCGCGUCAUACCAUCUUCCAAACCCACGCGUCGCAAUACUCCAACACUAAUCACGGCGGCUCGCCGUUUGUUAUCUCACGCGCUUUUAGACGACCCGGAUAAUUAUAUGUUCACACUUCUUUCGGGCUCGUGUAUUCCUCUCCAUUCAUUUAACUUUACCUACAACACUCUGGUGAAUUCCGACAAGAGUUUUAUAGAGAUUUUAAGCAAUGAAACUACGGCAUACGGGAGGUGGACAGCGCGUGGGGAAUUCCAAAUGCUUCCUGAGGUACCCUUUGAAGAUUUUCGAAUAGGGUCGCAGUUUUGGUCACUCACGCGCCGUCAUGCGCGCGUGGUGGUGCAAGAUGUGAGGUUAUGGCGGAAAUUUAGGAUGCCAUGUUUAACGGUUAGCACGUGCUAUCCUGAAGAGAAUUACUUCCCUACGUUGCUGUCUAUGGUGGACCCUAAUGGUGUUAUCCCUGCCACGCUUACUAACGUCAACUGGGUAGGACAGUACGAUGGUCACCCGCGGACUUAUAAUGUAUCAGAUGUAGACCCAGGAUUGAUCCGAUGGUUGAGGGAGAGUAGACCAAGGUAUGGUGAUUUGGGGAUUAACGGUUCUGAUUUGGCUGGGAUAGAUAGGUGGGACCCGUUCUUGUUUGCUAGGAAAUUUGCACCAAAUUGUGUAGAGUCUUUGUUGAAAUUAGCUAAGGGUAUCCUCUUCAAAGAUUAGGAUGUCUCAGAAAUCAAAAAAAAAAAUGAAAAGAAAAGAAAAGAAAAGAAAAAAGAAAGAAAAUGCAAGUGUGAAUUUUUUUUAUAUUUUUAAUUUUUUUUUGGUAAAGUUUAAUUAGUGUGAAAUGUGAAUGAAUAUGUAUUAGAAAUAAAAGAAAAGACAAAGUGUUUAUAUUUAGUUUUUAUCUUUCUAUGUUUAGAUAUUUUUAAAGUUAAACUUUGUGCUUUUGAAGGAGUAUGAGUAUGAGUGAAUGUAAAUGACUUUUACUUGGAGGCCAAAUUGGAAUUUUAGAUUGGCUGAAAAUUUGUAAAUCAAUCUUGUAAAAAUAUUUUAAAUGAGAAAAGUGGAAAAUCUUGUCUUGUUCU